GCCAACACGCGACAAGGCUUUGUUUCAACUUCCUUGCGAGCCACGUUGUUUCAAUCACGCUAGCAGUUACAGUACCAAAUUUAUUCCUACAUCGUGGAUCCAAUACAGCCACCCACUCUGGCUGGGGUACUUUGGAAGGGCUCGCCGGACGCUCAGAAAGAGAAGUCUUUGCGACCAAGUAAUAUCAUGACUCAACCAUCAGCACAACCCCAACUUACGCCACAAUUUUGCUUUUCAUAUGGGACAUUGCGAGACUUUCUACGAUUGUCAAGAUCGUCGAUAGAUGAUUCAAUCACCCAGAAUCUCAAUGCACUGUUGACGCCGUCGCGAUUCGGAUUCGACCCAUCUUCUACCUUGCAACGCACUUCCCGCCCGGUUUCGAAGCAGAUCGACUCUCGAUCAUGCUCGGAGUUUAAGGAAAAGGUUCUGUUUCCUUCCUGGGAAGCUCGGGCUCAAGUCCUGAAUUAUUGUGCUUUGGUAGCGGCAAGUCCGGACCCCGAUGAUCCCGACCGUACAAUCAGAGAACUUGAAAGAGAGCAAGACCGCGACCGAAUUGUAGACGAGCGAUUAGACCCAUAUUCCGGUAGAUUCUUCCCCCGCGAAGCCCGCACCGAGAGGCUAGCCUCGCUUGUUAGACAAGAACGAGGUGUCGAGGAUAUCGUGCGACAUAGAACAUGGGAGGUGGUGCAGGAAAGAUGUGGCGGCGAGCCUUUCAAAAACUGGGAAGAUAACAUCAGCAAAUGGAGGAAGGCUCAAAAUUCGAAACCAUCUGUUUAAUACCAACGACAUGGCACGACUUCGUACUCUUGUAAUGAGAGGCGAAACUGUAUGAUUAGGUACGACACGUGUA